GUUAAAAGUUAAGCAUAUAACGGUAAAAUUGUCAGUUUAAGACAAAAAUGCCUAUUUUUCCCGGUUUGAUUCAACGCCACAUGAGAAGAACGGUUUGUUUUGGUCACAUGACAGGAAGUAUGUGUCGGACGUUCAGUGCUAUUAGGAAGUGUGUCUAUUUACAAUGCAGCGACACACAGCUCUGAAGUCUCGAAAUACAACAAUUACCCAUCACUUCUUGAAGGAUUAAGUCUGUUUUCAAUGAAACUCACGAGGUUGGUUUCGUCCUCGAGUCCUUUUUACCGCCAGCUGUCUCUUUUUGGUUUUGAGUAACGUUACUCAACCGUCGCAAGCUAGCUAGUUUGAGCUAAGUGGCUAGCUAAUAAGUAAGAUCACAACCUUGCCCUGUCCGUCACCACAACAACGCUGAGUUGUGUGUUAAUGGUGCUUCUUAAUACAUCCGUUGUCAUUGUUUAGUGAAUGUCGGACCACUGCUUGGCAGUCCUCGGGGUGAAGUUGAUGUAACUAACGCUAACUGUCCCUGUAAAGUCCUGUCCUCAGAGGGUUUGACAGGACAUGGUCACCUAUUGACAACGGCGUCUGGCUGGCAUGGACUCAGCAAAGCUGGGUGGAUGAAGAGCUAACGGCCAACUGUCGUCUUAGACGGUGAGUUAGCGACACUGCUGUUUGUAUGUUACGAUGCUGCUUUGAUGCUAACUUUACUGAAGUUUAAGUUACUGUCACUCUGCCAACGCCGGAUAAGAGAGGGCAGUCACUGGUAAGCCAUCGGCUUUGAUUAGACACCGUCACUCCUUUAGUUCAUCCUGUAACUAACUGUAAUGCUGCCAUUGAUGAGAUUAUAAAACCACUAUAUCUCUACAGAUUAUUAAGACUUGUCCUGCGUUUGUCAGACAUUGAACACCUCCCUUGUGAGGGCUUCAAACCAGAAGGUCGUCAGAAUUUCCUCCCACACCUUGGAGUAGCUCUUAUCAGCCCUGAGCCACCAGGAUGUUGGAGGGCCUUGUUGCCUGGGUGCUUAACACAUACUUGGGAAAAUAUGUCAGCAACCUGAACACAGACCAGCUCUCCAUCGCCCUGCUGAAAGGUGCAGUGGAGCUGGAGAACCUCCCUCUGAGGAAAGACGCCCUCCGAGAGUUUGACCUGCCGUUUGAAGUUAAAGCAGGCUUCAUUGGAAAGAUUACUCUCCAGAUCCCUUUCUACCGGCCUCACAGUGACCCAUGGGUCAUCUCCAUGUCCCAGCUCAACCUGAUCAUCGGCCCCGCCCAGCAGCAGGAAUAUGACGGAGAGAAGGAAAGAGAGGAGGAGAGGGAGCGCAAAACACGCCUCCUCAAGGCUCUCGAAGACAAAUUCAAAAGUGAGUGUGAACAGAGGGGAGAAUCUUACUGGUACUCUGCCACUGCCUCAGCGGUCACUAGGAUUGUGGAGAACAUUGAGCUGAAGAUCCAAGACGUGCAUCUAAGAUUUGAAGAUGACUUCUCCAACCCAGAGAAGCCCUUUUCUUUUGGGCUUUGCAUCAACAAUGUUUCUGCUCAGAACCCCUCCAAAGAGACGGUCCAGAAGCUCCUCCGACAAAAGCAGCUGGAGAUAGAAGACUUCAGCGUCUACUGGGAUACACAAUGUGAACUUCUGGGAAAGCUGCCCGCAAAUCAGAUCCAGGAUGCGAUGACCCAGUGCAUGCAGAGCCGGGAGCAUCAGUACAUCUUUGAACCAGUGUGUGCCUCCGUGCUGCUCAGGAGAAACACCUCCAAGGAGCCUCUGAGGUCCCGACACACCCCACGGAUUGAAGGCCAAGUUCAGCUGGAGCCCAUGUGCUUACGCCUGUCACAGGUCCAAUACCAGCAGAUCAUGGCUUUCCUUAAAGAGCUGGACCGUCGGGAGAGAGAGAUGCUUUACCGGAAGUGGAGACCAAAAGUGCCGAUUUCUGGGAGCUGCCGGCAGUGGUGGAUGUUUGCCAUCCAGGCCAACCUGAGUGAGAUCAGGGAACAGCGGCGGCGAGGCAGCUGGGGCUUUGCCCUGCAGCGGGCACGAGAUGCCCAGACCUACACCAGCCUAUACUUCAGAAGGCUAAAAGGAGUCCCACUGAGCCCUCAGGAAGAGAGUGAGCUGGAGCGAGUGGAAGAGGAGCAGAUGAUAGAGGAACUGCAGUGUCUCAGAGAAAUUGUCCACGACUGGUUCCGAAAGCAGGAAGAGAUGGCAGAGAAUGUGCGAGAGCCCAGCAGUGACCCCCAGCCCUGUUUAGCCACCACAUCCAUCCCCAAGAGUGGGAGCUCAGGAAUGAUCCAGUACCUGCAGUCUUGGUUCCCGGGCUGGGGGGGCUGGUAUGGAGACUCCCAGGACCCAGACAGGCCUGAAGAGCUGCUGCCAAGCCCAUCCUCCUGGGACAUUUUAGCAGAGACAGAAGACCUGUUUGACCCGUUGGAGGACUCUCACACUCUGAACACAUUCACCAGGCGAGAUCACCUGUUUGCCCGGCUGGAGUUCUUACUGGAGAAGGGCGGAGUCACACUCUCCCAUCAGGACAGGAGGGGGGACGCGCUGCACGAGAGCGGGGUCAUCCAGUUGGAGUUCUCAGGGGUGAAGGUGAUUUUGGAGUCCCUCCCGCGCUCUGAGUCCUCCCUGCUGUCUGUUAAGCUGGGUGGUUUGUUCCUGAGAGACUUGACUACUCAGGGCACCAUCUUCCCUGUCCUGGUGUCUCCCAAAACGGACAAAGUUGUUGUUGCCAUGAGCCAGCCAUCCGGCCAGUCCAGCAGUUCUUCUGGAUGCAAUGCAGAGUGCUCACCAUCACCAGUGUUUGAGAUGAUUUAUGAGCGUAACCCUGUGAGGUGUAAGUUUGAGAGGAGACUGGAAGUGAACACUAGUCCAUUGAACAUCAUCUACAACCCACAAGCAAUCAAGAAAGUGACUGAGUUCUUCUAUAAAGGAAGAGUUCAUACCUCAGGUUUUGGAUAUCAGUCAGAGCUGGAGCUGAGAGUGGCAGAGGCUGCCAGGAGGCAGUACAAUAAGCUGAAGAUGCAGACCAAGGCAGAGAUCCGACAAACCAUUGAUCAGCUACUCGUGGGAGAGUUUAUCGAAAACAGUAAGCGUUGGACCAUGAAAUUGGACAUCUGCGCACCCCAGGUGAUUUUCCCUGAUGACUUCCAGUCAGAGGACCCAAUGCUAGUUGUUGUUGAUUUAGGCAGGAUUCUUCUCACAAACUCUCAAGAUGACACUAAGGCCAGCUCAGAGGUUACUCAACCUGAGAGGGAAGACAUGAGUGAUGAUGAGUACCAGACACCUCUUGCCACCCCGCCAGAGUCUCCACCACCUGAACUAGACAUGCCUUCAAAAGAAGAGCUCAAAAACCCUGACCUUCCCAGCCUCAGAUCCCCUGAAAGUACACAGGCCUACAGCAGAAAGCUUUACGAAAAAUACUCCCUGUCCUUUAAGGAUCUCCAGAUAAUGGUUGGUCGCUGUAAGGACAACUGGAAACAUCUUCAAGAGAGUGAGGUAGGGCCUACUCACGUGGUAGAGAAGUUUAAUGUGCUGCUGCAGCUUGAGCAGAGACUUCGCUACACAUCAGACCCCCAGCUCCCUGGGGCUGUGCUGUCAGGGACUCUACCAGACCUCAAGGUCCAUAUCAACCUUGAGAAGAUGACUGCACUUAGGAGUUGUCUGGCUAGGCUUAGCAGUCCAUCUGUGAGUGAAGGGGACAAAAGCCAAGAGAGAAGCCCACAUAUAAGGUCACCUGACCCCCUUACCCUCCGUCAUGACAAGAUUUUUCAGAGGGAGGACAGCUCCUGGAAGCUGCAAGGCUCAGCCAAGAACCUGACCCAGAGCGUGAUGACUUUAGAGCAGCACACACGUGAAGUCCUGGUGGAAUCCCGUCUACUAUUAGCUGAAUUCAACAUUAACUACAUGCAGCUUGGUGUAGAAAGCGACGGCCGCUACAUAUCUGUUCUCAAGGUAUUUGGCACAAAUGCUCAUUUUGUCAAGCGCCCUUAUGAUGCGGAAGUCUCUCUGACUGUCCACGGUCUUCUGCUGGUGGACACCUUACAGACCUAUGGCUCAGACUUCGAUCUCCUUGUGGCUUCUCAUAAGAAUCUCAGUUUUGACAUACCCACGGGCAGCCUCCGUGAGAGCCAGCCUUCGUCCCCUGUGUCUUCUGAUGGCAGGUCCCCUGAGCAUCAGGGCCAUCAUACGGAGUUGUCCUCUGGUAUGCCCAUGGAUAGAAUCUCACCCUUCAGUUCUUUUCUUAAAGACCAAGAGGCCCUCAUUAAGCUUGAAUACCAGUUUGUGAGCUCAGACUGCCCCUCCAUGAACCUGGACAGCUCCCUUCAAGUGACAAGCAUGCAGGUCAAUAACUUGGACAUCAUUCUCAACCCUGAAACCAUGGUAGAGCUGCUCAAGUUCCUCCAGAAGUCUUUUCCCAAAGAGGAAAGCACCUGGACAUCGUCAGCGCAACAACACACAACACAGCCUUGCAGUGAGGAAGGGGAGGGUACAUAUCAGGCCACCUAUGACCAGAACAAAGAGCUGACCGUGGAGAUCCACCGUCUGAACCUGCUUCUCCUUCGGACCGUGUCCACUGGAACUGUCCUGGGUGCUGAGAAGAAAGGGUUGAAGAUUGCCACUGCCAGCAUCACUGGCACCAAGGUCAAUGUGUCCAUGGGCAGUCGGUUGGACAUCAAUGGUUCACUCGGGUCCAUGCAGUUGGUGGACCUGACCCAGGAAGGAGGCAGAAGUCAGUUUGUGGUCAGCAUUGGUAGUGCUGACAGUUCCUCAACUCUCGGCGGCAUAACAUUCCUUGCUGACACAGGAGGUUCUCCCUCAGAAGCUUUAGAUUUUCGCCUUAUGGAAAAAUCCCAAGGAGAGUGUUCCUUGCAACUUCAAAUGGCAUCCUUGCACUAUAACCACUCAGCCAAGUUCCUCAAGGAGCUGAGUCUGUCUGCUAAUGAGGUAGAAGACAAUUUCCGCUCCAUGCUGAAAAGUGCUGCCACAAAAGUGUCAACAGUUCUAGCCACCAAGACGGCAGAGUACAGUGGUAGGGUUUCGCUCUUUGAGACUCCCUCGCGGAGAACUCGAACUCAGAGUCAGAGCUGGCCUUAUCCAUUUGAGGAGGAGGAGGAUCUUCCAAUGGAAGAACCUGAAUCCUCCUUAGACACAUUCUUGGUGAAGCUGACCCUUAAUAUCAGCAUUGAAUCACCAGUUGUGUCCAUUCCACGUAAACCUGGACACCCUGAGCUCUUAGUUGGUCACCUGGGCAGCAUAACAAUCCAGAAUUUUGUUACUGGGCAAGACUCCGAAGGAGAGAGGUUGCAGGUGUUGGUGAGGGAUAUUCGACUGUAUUCAGUCAACAUGAGUCAUUUGGUGUUGAAGAGGGCACUCAGAGGGGAUAAGGCUGGCAGCAUGUCACCAUCCCGCAAUGGAAGCAUCAAUCAGGAUGAACCACAGUUCACACGUCAUGACUUCUUUGAAUCCCUCAGCCGUGGAAAAGCUUUCCAUAUAUUGAAAGACACCACUAUACAGUUCACCCUGGAGAAAGUUCCCGUUGAUGAAGACACACAGUUCUCCUUCCUCACCGCAGAAGAGCCCUGCAAGAGCACAGGGUUACUGAGAAUUGAGGGCAAAUUUGUCAACCCUGUUCAGGUGUUCCUGUGCAAGCCUGUGUAUGAACAAGUCCUCCAGACACUGGACAAUUUGUCCUUGAUUGAGGAGCAACGUGUCACACCCAGCCAACCGCCCACACCCCCUCCACCAACUCCUUCCUCCACCAGACCACACCGUUUUCCUGACCCCCAGGGAGGGCUUUUUGCCAGGGACCCUCCCUAUCUCAGCUUUUCCCACUCGCCGCUCUCCUCCCCUUUGCCUCUACAGUCUCACCAACCCGCUCUUCACACCUCAUUCACCCAGCUAAAAGUCACCUUACAUGUGGCAGAACUGCAGGUCCAGCUCAGUGCAGAUCUGACUCAGGGCUCCCAGGGCUUGGUCAGCCUGCGCUUCCAAGAUCUGGAGGGAGACUUUACCAAAGACCACCCUCAUCUACUGGCAGUCCAGCUGGCUCUGCGCUCGCUGCUAAUGGAGGACCUCCUGGAACAGAACCCUGAGUCUAAGUACAAACAUUUGAUGGUGUCUCGCGGAGCACCCAAGCCCUCCACCUUCAGUCCAAAGGAGUACCUUUCCCAAAGCUGUCCAUCAGCAUCCAAUGCCCUGUUCCCAGACAUGCCCCGCUCCCUGCCUGCUCACAUGGAAGAGGCCCAGAACGUCUUCCAGCUCUACCAGAGGCAUCCCAGCACCCCUUCAGCUAGCAGUCGCAAAUCCAAGAGGGACCCGGAGUGUCCCAGCACUCCACCUCCCUCUCCUACCCACCGUACACCGUCCCCCCAGCCACCCCCAGACUUUGAUGACUCUUUAGUUCAUAUCAAUGUGCUGCUGGUGGACCAGAACCACCCAGAGUUCACAACACGCUAUGGCAGAGUGGGCCGAAGCGUGGACGUUGACUUUAACUGCCUGGACGUUUUGAUCACACUGCAGACCUGGGUGGUUAUCCUAGACUUCUUUGGUAUUGGCUCCACGGCCAAUAAUCAUGCAGUGAAAGUGCCCCCUAUGUCACCUCCUGCUGAGCCCGGACAUCCUCUGUACGAGCCAGACCUCAGUGAGGAGGAGACCACAGAGGCCGUCAACACUAAAGUGGACCUAAAGGUCCAUUCUUUGUCUCUUGUACUAAACAAGAAACUCAACGAGCUUGCCAGAGCUAGUGUGUCCAAAUUAUCUGCUCAUCUGGAAAUGUUGGAUGGUGACCUGGCUUUACAAGGCAGUUUAGGAAGUUUGUCUUUGAGCGACCUUACCCCACAUGGUAAUCUCUACAGAGAGCGCUUCACCACACGAGGAGGGGAGGCUCUUAUUUUCAACAUCCAUAAGUACGGCCAGCCUGAUCCUUACCUGGAGCGGGAAUGUGACAUCAAGGUGUCUUUGCAGAUGGCCUCGGUGCAGUACGUCCACACGCAGCGCUUCCAGGCUGAGGUGGUGGCCUUCAUCCAACAUUUCACCCAGCUACAGGAUGUCCUGGGCCGGCAGAGGGCUGCAAUGGAGGGCCAGGCUGUGCGUGAUCAUCCUCAGCGGGCUUCCAGGGUUCUGCUGGAUAUUGAGGCUGGAGCCCCGGUCAUUGUCAUUCCAGAGAGCUCGUGCUCGCCAAGGGUCAUUGUGGCCAACCUCGGUCAGCUAAGGGUGCAGAACUGCUUCCUGCCAGCUGGGGCUCAUGGGACUUUUUCCCUCCGAGACAAGGUAGAGAAACUCACCAUGGCACAUGCCUUUUUCCCUUCUCUGGAGCGUGUCCAGAAAUCAGCAGAGAAGAGAAGUGAGCAGGAGAAGCCUCGGACCCCCCCAUCCACCUCCAGCUCCUCUUCCUCCACAGGGUUUACCCUUGGCAGGCCACAGGUCCCAGACACAUGGAGGGCCACUGAGGGGGAUGAACCUCACAGCUUAGAAGAGCAUGUGUGCCUGCUGGACUGCAUUGCUCUGGACCUGCAGGAGAUGGAUAUCUUUGCUGCAGAGCGUCUGCCCUGUCAGCCCAGGGACAGUGGUGGUAAACCUCCUGAGUCCUCAGACCUCAUCUUUCCUUCGUACUCUGUGCGCCGCACCGGAGACAACCUGCUGAAAGACUGCUGCCGUCUCAAGCUUAAAGUGGAACGCAACCUGGACAAGGAGCUGAGCCAUGCGGUACCUGACAUGUCCAUCCACGGCAGCCUUUCCUCAGUACACUGCUCUCUGGACCUGGAGCACUACCAGCUGAUCAGAGGGCUGCUAGAGAACAACCUGGGAGAGCCUGUUGAAGAUUUCCUGAGACCCUACAACCUACAGGACCCCAGCACCUAUACGGUGUUAGGUGGAGAUGUCUACACCAGCUUGUCAUUCCUGGUGGACAUGAUGGGUGUCAGUCUGGAGCUCUUGGACAGCCCCACACCCACAGAACAUAAGCGCUCAUUAGCAAGGUUUGACUUCAUGAAAUCCAAGCUUCUCUUUGAGAGUUUGUCCAAUGGAUCCAAGUCUAUCAACUUGGUGUCUCACUCCCUGCUGGCGUACGAUACUCGGUGCGCCGAGCCGAGCACGGGUAGAGCUGAUGGGGCAAGGCCCAAUGUCUUUGACUGCAUCCUCCAGCCCUCCAAAACAGGCACGAACCGGGCGUCACUGCAGCUGGAGCUGCAUUAUAGAUCUACACGUGACUCCUCCUGCUUCACGGUGGUCCUCAACAACCUAAGGGUGUUCCUCAUCUUCGACUGGCUUCAGCUAGUGCGAGACUUCCUGCGGGUGCCGGUGGAGAAGCCAUCCGGCGGUGCUGAGCCUCGUCAGCGUUGGCCCAGCAACACCACCACUGACUCGGGCACCGCCACCACCAGCACCAUCGGUGCUGUAAUGCCAAAGACAGUCAAGAGCGGUGUGGUCACCAAGAGGUCCACGGUGCCGGUCACCCAGGACCGCUGCCUGGAGGUCAAGAUCAACGUCACAGGCACAGAGUUUGUGGUCGUGGAAGACUCGUCUUGUCUGGAUACCAACGCCAUCAUUCUAAAAGGCACCACUGUCCUCACCUACAAACCCCGUCUGCUGGACAGACCCUUCUCUGGCAGCCUCGCAGGAAUAGAGGUGUUCUCGUGUCGGCUGGGCAGUGAGCAGGAGACGGCGCUGUCCAUCAUCGACCCAGUCAAUAUUCAGGUGGAGCUGUGUGGGAGCCCCACAUACCAAAGCAGCUCCGGUCUACUGGAUGCCUUCAAUGUUGAGGACAUCCCACCGCUGCUGGAGAUUCAGUUUCCUACUCUGGACAUCCGUCUGUCCUACAACGACAUUCAGCUCUUCUUGGCCAUCGCUAAGUCCAUCCCUACCUCCAGCUCUGCUCUGCCCUCUGACUGUGAUACCAGCACUGCACCCAGCACCGAGCCCGCUACACCCAAAGAUAGCUUCAGGCAGAAGACUGAGGCCCUCAUAGAGGGCCAGCUGACCCGUUUACAAGACCUUGGCUUCAGGAAAGAGGACUGCAAAAGGGCCCUGAUCCACUGUAAAGGCCAGCUGGACCAGGCUGCCACAUGGCUGCUGGAGAACGCCGAGAACAUGGCGGGCCAUGCCAGAUCCCGGACUGACUCCGGCAGCAGCCACUCAGCUCCUCUGUCAGGGGUGGAGGUGAAGGCUGAGAGUGUGUGCAUCUGUUUCAUCGACGACUGUCUGGACUGUGACAUACCACUGGCUGAGCUCACCUUCUCCAGGCUGUAUGUGCUGCAGCGCAUUGGUUCCACUCAGGAAGGAAAAGCCAGCUUUUCGCUGUCAGGAGACUACUACAACAGAGAGCUGUCGGGCUGGGAGCCCUUCAUCGAGCCCUGGCCCUGCUCUCUGUCCUGGCAGCAGCAGGCCGCCGGCCGUCUCCAUCCUCCACGUUUCAAGAUGGGGAUCCGAGCCAAGCAGAGACUGGACGUCAACAUCACGUCUGUCCUGCUGGAACAAUACAACACCACCAAGAGCGCCUGGAUAGCUGAUUACUGUAAGGAGGAGGAGCACACACCCCAGUCUUCACCCCCCCUGCCCUGGAUGGGCUCCUCAGUCGACCCACCCAGCUUCGGAAUAACCGAUGUCAAGCUGUCCAAGAGGAGGCAGCCAUUUGUUCCAUACGCUCUGCGCAACCACACAGGAUGUACCAUGUGGUUUGCCACUCUGACUACAACCCCCACAAGGGUGGCACUGUCUCACAGCAGUAGUGCAGACUCUAUCUCAGAGGUCCGCGGUCCAGGUACUGAUGACACUCACAAUGUCAGCCAGUGGAGGGAGGUGCUGCCUGGAGAGGAGAUUCCUUUUGAGUUUGAAGCCCGCGAGAAACUCCGCCACCGACACACUCAUGAGCUGAAGCUGCACCAGCUGCUGGUGCGGGUGUGUGGAUGGGAACAAGUGAAGCCGGUGUCUGUGGACAAAGUGGGCGUUUUCUUCCGUUACGCAGCUCCGGACAGAAACAACUCGUCCAAUACUGUUGGCAGUCCUAUUAGCAGAACCAACAUCAUCCACCCGCAUGUUUAUUUCUCGGCCCUGCCUCCAGUUAGAGUGGUCUUCUCCAUCACAAUGGAGGGCAGUGCCAGGAAGGUCAUCACUGUCCGCUCCGCUCUCAUGGUGAAGAACCGGCUGGAUGUUCCUAUGGAGGUCAGACUGGAUAGCCCCUCUGCUCCUGACAAACCAGUGGUGUUGCCUCCGAUCCUUCCUGGCCAGGCCUUGGCGGUCCCACUCCACCUGACGUCCUGGAGGCUGCAGUCUCGGCCCAAAGGCCUGGGCUUGUUCUUCUGUAAGGUUCCCAUCCACUGGACCAGCGUGGAGCGGCCCGGAGACAUCAGCAGCAGCAAGAGGGAGUGUCAGUCAGCAGACUUUGACGACAGCCUCAAGAGCAACUUCAGGUUUUGUGUGGUCAUCAAAAAGGAGAACUACCCGGAUCAGCAGCCUGCCAAGACAGUUUCUGGCAGUGCCAAGCAGAUCUAUCGACAGCCAGGCCACACCAUCUACCUGCUGCCCACCAUGGUUCUGGCCAACCUGCUGCCCUAUGACCUCAACUACUUCAUCAAAGGAACGUCCAUCAAAGGCGCCCUGAAGCCGGGAAAAGAGGCCGUGCUUCACGCUGCAGACACUUCGCAGAACAUGGAGCUAGGAGUCCUGCUGGAGAGCUUCCCUGUGUGCAAAGAGCUGCUGAUUCCACCUGGCACUCAGAACUAUGUGGUACGCAUGAGGCUGUAUGACACCAACAAACAGCUGCUCUGCCUCACCAUCCGCAUCAUCCUGCGAGCACAGGGGGCCCUUAAGAUCCUGAUUUCUGCCCCCUACUGGCUGAUAAACAAGACUGGUCUGCCGUUAAUCUUCCGUCAGGACAAUGGAAAAGCCGAUGCUGCAGGCCAGUUUGAGGAGCACGAGUUGGCCCGAAGCCUCAGUCCGUUACUAUUCUGUUACACUGACAAGGAGCAGCCUGCUAUGUGUACUAUGCGGAUCGGGAAAGGGAUUCACCCAGACGGAGUUCCAGGCUGGUGCCAGGGCUUCUCCCUGGACGGAGGGAGUGGAGUCAGGGCGGUGAAGGUUAUCCAGCACGGGAACAGACCUGGCCUCAUAUACAACAUAGGCAUCAGCGUGCGGAAAGGAAAAGGACGCUACAGGGACACUCACAUAGUGACCUUUGCCCCGCGCUACCUGCUGGACAACCGCUCUACACACAAACUGGCCUUCGCUCAGAGAGAGUUUGCAAGAGGAAAGGGUACGGCAAACCCUGAGGGUUACAUCUCCACCCUGCCGGGCUCCAGCGUCGUCUUCCACUGGCCCCGCAACGACUACGACCAGCUGCUGUGUGUGCGCCUCAUGGACACCCCAAACUGCACCUGGUCUGGAGGCUUCGAGGUCAACAAGCCCAAGUCCUUUCACGUCAGCAUGAGGGACACACUGGGGAACUGUUUCUUCCUGCGGACAGAGAUCACCCUGAAGGGAGCAACCUACCAGAUCUCCUUCUCUGAUGCUGACCAGUUGCCUCCACCCUUCCGCAUCGACAACAUCUCUGAGGUGCCCAUCCAGUUCUGGCAGCAUGGUGUGGCUGACAUCCGGCUGCACACUGAGGUGAAGGCAGGCUCAGUGCUGGACUACGCCUGUGAUGAGCCCACGCUGCCCCCCUACCUCACACUGACUGUGAAGGGAGCCGGAUCCUCAGAUGUCACGUCUGACAUGAACUUCUUCAGAGAAUACAACAAGCUCUACUACGAGAACUUCAUCUACAUUGCAGCCACACACACCUUUUCACUGAAUGUUGAGAAGAGACCUGUUGGGAAGAAGCGUCUGGUGAGCUGUGCUGAAUUGGUUCUGGAUGUGGACACCAAGACUCAACGGGUCAUCCUGAAAAAGAAGGAGCCGGGGAAGCGCUCCCAGCUGUGGAGGAUGACUGGGAGCGGCAUGCUGUGUCAUGAAGGCUCGUCUCCACCGCAGAGCAAGUCGGCACAGCCACGCCCACUGGACUCCUCCCUAGUGCUGGAUAUCGCCGGGCUAGCAGCUGUCAGUGACAACAGUUUUGAGCCGUUGAUGCUGAGGAGGCCGGACUCACGCCGCAGCACCACCCAGACGUGGUAUUUCAGCUCAGGCAUGCUGACCUGUGGCCUGCCCCGGCUGGUAGUGCAGGUGAAGGGCGGGACGGCAGGUCUGUAUGAUGGAGCAGAGGUGGUGCUGGGACCAGACUCGGGGCUGCAGGAGCCCGGCCCCGAGCAGCAGUUCAUUAACCAGAAGAUGAGACCUGGUUCUGGCGUGCUGUCGGUCCAGGUGCUGCCAGAUGGACCCACACGUGUCCUGCAGAUCAGUGACUUCAACCAGAGGAGAAUGAUCCGGAGCUCAUCCUCCACUGAGCAGGAAAGACACAAAGAGGAUGUAAAGAAGAGAGAGCCUGAGCAGGAGCUGGAGGUGUUGGUGAAUCUGGAGGAAGGGGUGGGUGUGUCUCUGGUCAACAAGGUUCCUGAGGAGCUUGUGUUCACUACGCUGUCUGGUAUAGAUGUCCACUUCACUCGCACUGCUGCCAACGAGGUGUUAGAGCUCAGCAUUCAGAACAUCCAGGUGGACAACCAGCUGCUGGGUACCACCCAGCCUGUGAUGCUGUGUGUGACUCCCAGCUCCAGUGACAGUGGCGUCAGCGACAGCGGCCCGGCCCUGCAGGUCAACUCGGUCAAGGUUCCUAGCAGCCUCAUGCUCACUGAUCUCUUCAAGCACCUCAUGGUGACGGCCCGGCGCUUCACGGUCAUCAUCGAGGAGAAACUGCUGCUCAAGCUGCUCAGCUUCUUUGGCUACGGACAGACAGAAGCUGAGCUGGAGAAAUUGGAUGAAAACAUUUAUGAGAGGCCCAACGAGGACGCAGGACCUCCUAAACGGUACUACUUUGAGAACCUGAAGAUCAGCCUUCCUCAGGUCAAACUGAGUGUCUUCACCUCUCACAAGCUGCCUCCUGAUCUCAAGGCCCUGAAAGGCACCCUGGGCUUUCCUCUGGUUCGCUUUGAGGAUGCGGUCGUCAACAUGUACCCAUUCACCAGAGUGCACCCCUACGAAACCCAGGAGAUCAUCAUCAACGACAUACUCAAGCACUUCAGAGAGGAGCUGAUCAGCCAGGCAGCUCAGAUCCUAGGCUCUGUGGACUUCCUGGGGAACCCAAUGGGCCUUGUCAACGACGUCACUGAGGGCAUGUCUGAGUUAAUCAAGUACGGCAAUGUGGGUGGUCUAAUACGCAAUGUGACCCACGGUGUGUCCAACUCUGCUGCCAAGUUUGCAGGGACUCUAUCAGACGGCCUGGGGAAGACCAUGGACAACCGGCACCAGAGCGAGCGAGAGUACAUCAGAUACCACGGAGCCACCAGCGGAGAGCACCUGGUAGCAGGGAUCCACGGACUGGCUCAUGGUAUCAUCGGAGGCAUGACGAGCAUCAUCACUUCCACUGUGGAGGGCGUGAAGACGGAGGGCGGAGUCAGCGGCUUCUUCUCUGGCCUGGGUAAAGGUCUGGUUGGCACCGUGACCAAACCGGUGGCUGGGGCUCUGGACUUUGCCUCGGAGACAGCACAGACGGUCCGGGACAUGGCUAGUCUCAGUAACCACAGGCUCAGUGUGCAACGGGUCAGGAAGCCUCGCUGCUGUAAAGGACCUCAGGGUCUGCUGCCGAGACACUCGAACACACAGGCUGACGGUCAGGAGCAGCUCUUCCGCCUCACUGACAACAUCCACUCUGAGUUCUUCAUCGCUGUGGAACCCAUCGACAGCUACUGCGUCCUCAUCUCCUCCAAAGUGGUCUACUUCCUGAGGCCGGGGGACUAUGUGGACCGCGAGGCCAUCUUCCUGGAGGUCAAGUAUGAUGACCUCUACCACUGUCUGGUCUCUAAGGAUCAUGGGAAGGUAUAUGUGCAGCUCACCAAGAAGGCUGAGAGCACUAGCAGUGGUGUGGCCAUGCCUGGCCCCUCCCACCAGAAACCCAUGGUCCAUGUGAAGAGUGAGAACCUCGCCAUCAAAAUCUCUCAAGAAAUCAACUAUGCUAAGAGUCUGUACUACGAGCAGCAGCUCAUGCUGCCUGCCAGUGAGAACGAAGACUGCUUGCUGCUCGAGUCCUGAUCACAUGAGUUUUCUGAAGGAACUUCUCUUAAAUCCUGAGAAGGCGACGACUUUUAUUGAUUUUUGUAGGCCUCCGAGUUUUAACAAACUGCAGUAAAGGGAAUAGUCAGACACCUGUGCACUUGGUUUACUCACAUGACCUGAUGUUUGGCAAAGCACAUACAUGCACUCAACAUAAAAACAAAUGCAAGGGAGUGUUAGUUUGGCUGUGUUUAUGUAGAAAACACUGUUCCUCUGUCUUUAUACGACUGCUGAAGACAUCCUCCGGGUGUUCUAUGUGUUUGUGAAUAGACAGAAAUGUAAAUAGAGCUACAUACCAAUACUAUCAACCAGUGUACAUACUGUAUUAAUUAUGAAGUAUGAAGAAUAACAACAAAAGCUGAUAAUGUGAAAUGUAACAAACUGCCUUUGCAACUCUAUUUUGUGUAUAAGAGACUAUUAGUUGGGGGGUGAAUUGCACUGACACAGGGAGGGAGGGGCCCUGCAGCCUUCCUGCCUCACACACACUGAAGCCUUUUACAAUGACACACCUCCAGGUCUGAUGUGUCUCCACUUUCAUUUAACAACCCUUUUUUAACGAGCCCGCUUCUUUCUAUCCAGAGUUCUCCUGUAAACGUCAGUGUGCACUUCCUUUUAACUCGUCUUUGGGUUUUGGUUUGGUGUCUGAUGAGAUUUUCUUGAGCUGAGUUUGAGUUGUGUGUUAGAGGGAGUGGAGUUGGGGAUAGGCCAGUCAGAGAGGUAGUGGACUGUGGUGGAUAUGUGAUCCUGUAAAAUAUCGUUCACAUGGACACUGCUUCAAAUAAAGCACCACAACUGCA